UUGCAGAUCACGAAUUCCUGGAAUUUUCUAUUUUUUCGCAUCGAAGAAAUUGGCGAAAGUGUUGCUGCAUUGUUCUAGUGAAGUGCAUCUGCGUUUAACCGUUCGCACAUGUAUGCGGCCCAGGUGCAAGUGCGGUGAAGAUAGAGAAAGUUAGUGGGAAGGAGCAGCGAGCUGGCUGCCCCUUCCGCGCUUCACCCCCUCUCCUGAUCAUGACGACAGCAGCACCGACGACCCUCUUCCGACCAGCGCAUUUUUAUGCAUCUUCGGCGCUGCUGCUCCUGCUGGCCAUCAUCGGUCCGGGAUGCGAGGCUGCCUUUGCGUCCAACACCAUCUAUGUAAAUAACAUAGUUCCCUUAAUAAGCAACAUAAGUGUAAGCGUGCCACCGAAUGGCGAGAACCACGACCAGCAGCAGGAGCAAAAAGUGCCUUCCGUGGCGAUACCAUCGCCUUCACCCUCAACGACGACGUCCUCGACCACGAGCGAGCAGUCGUCGACGACCACAAACUACACUCCGUUCGACCGGGUGGCCGCUGUUACAAGCGGUGACUACGGAAUCCAUGAGCUUACGAGACUGCUGGAGAACACGUUCGAGCACAUCCGCAAUGACGAGCUCGAUGUUUCGGGUGUUCAGAAAUUGUACGAUAACAUGGAGAUCAGCAGUACGGUUCGAGACGAUGUCGAACUGGUCGAGCGAAUGGCAACCAAACUGUCGCGUAAGCUCGAACAAACGGUAUCGGCGAUCGAGGAGCUGCGCCGUUACAUCCAGCAAAGCGCUGCCAAACACGGUGCCAAGUACAGCACCCUGCUCAAUCCGUGCCCGUACAGUGAACUCAUGAAUCCAUGGGAAGACGAAGCCCCGUUCGAUCUGCAAAGUUUCAUUCAAAGCACGAAAGUUUCUAACGCCACGCUCGCCAAACAGCCGAUCGGUCCGGGGGGAGAUUCUUCGCACGGGAGUGGAGUAGCGAGCGGCACUACUACUACUCCUACUGCCACGGCCACCGGUUUGGCCGCAGGUGCAGCGUUCCUUGAUUUCAGUGCCUUUCCGGCGAACGCCGACGGUUCCGAUCGACCCCGGAUACGUGUUACCGAUCAAACGCUUGACGAUAACAACGUCUACCUGCAGCAUCUGUUUAACGAGCAGAGUGCCAAACUGGAGGACGCAAACGUGCACUAUCGGCAGCAGUUUUUCCUCUCGACUUUUGACCACGCCAGUGCGUACAAAUGCCACUACUAUCCGCGCGAUGGUCGCCUUAAAUCGUUGCUCCUGUCGGCCGUGCGCAACAAGCACGUCUACAUUCUGCUCGACAUCGGCAGCAAGAUCACGUUCGAUCAGCUCGAGGUAGCGAAGGCAAUCAGCAAGUUUGUGUUGCAUCUGCUGAAUGAGCACGAUCGCGUGUCGGUCGUAGCGAUCGGCCAGCGAACAUACACGCCGCUAGAUGAUCUACAGCAACCGAUAGCAGCCGCAGCAGCAGCAGCAGAGUGUCAAUCGGUUGGGCGAUUUGUUCGAGCAACGAUGGACGAAAAGGAACGAUUAGUGGAUUUUAUCGAUUCGCUUAAUCGCACAAAAGGUGCUACGAACCAUUCGGUCGGUUUCCGGCAUGCAUUCGAUUCGUUUGCCGAGCUUUACCAAUCGCAUGACGAUGAGCUAGCGAUCGUGUUUCUGUAUCUUGGCCGUGCGUUGCUACCGAGUGGUUCACCCGCCGCUACCAACAUCCUGCAGACGAUCUACGAUGGACAAAGGCAGCUACCCUACCCGGUGAUCAUCAAUAGCUGUCUCAUUCUGCUGGAUGAGCGAGAGGUCCAGCACGAGAAGCAACUGAUCGCCGAUAUUAGCACGCAGAACUAUGCCCGCUACAAUCUCUCCAACGUCAUCUAUCUUCCCGGCAAGAUGGUAAUGAUUGCGAAACAUUCGUUCGACGCUCAGCGAUUCAUUGUGGCCCUGAUGGAACCGUUCCUGAAUGCCGGUCGCUUUAUCGAGGAACGUCUACGAACGCACCUACCGUACGUGGAUCCAUCGUUGCAGGAAACGCUCGUAACACUCAGCUAUCCGGUUGGUGUGCAUGGGCUGGUCGGCGUUGACCUAUACCUAAGCGAUCUUGCCGAGCACGUGGCGUACUUUCGGCGCCGGCAACAACCGAGGGACGAUUCGUACGUCUUCCUGAUCGAUCUGGAAGGUAACGCGAUCAUGCACCCCUCGUUUCCACGUCCAGUGGCGGCCCGUUCGCAACCGUUCUACGUUACGAACAUUACACGGCUCGAGGGUGACCGGUUUACUCCGGCCUACAAGCGUAUGCUAGCUGAUCCGGAGGGUAAAUUUUGGAUCAACCAUUACGGUACAAACCGUACCACGGUGUACCAGUGGAAGCGGGCCCUCUACUAUAUCGUUUGCCUUGUGCGAACGACUGACACCGGCGAGGAUGGUACGGUAUCGGUCACACGAAGACUGUUCGAGACUGGACCGCAGGUUCGCUACCUACAUCAGCUCCCAACGUCGGGCGGUGUGUUACGAAGCAACGUGGAGUACAAUUUGAUUGCGGCCGAAAGUGCGGCCACCACCAAAUCACUGCUGGCGGCCUUGCUUUACCAUCGGAUUGACAUUUUCCCUCCGCAUCAUCAGCAAACGGCCAGCAACGGUGGUGGAGGGUUCUCCAUCUGUCGUCUGGUGAAACAGUUAGCACUCCCGGACACUAGUUCCCUUUUUCUCAGUGCUUCCUCCUUCCGAUCCCCCUUCGCGCACAUCCGGAACAAUCGCGAAGGACUUACGAGCGAAGAGGAUAACGUGCGAACGAUACAAAACAUUAUGGCGUACCUGCGCGAUGCGUACGGGAAGCAACUGUUCGCUAAUCCCGGCCUGCAGCCCGACGUGCGAAGCGAUGUGCUGGCGCUGGUACAGAUCCUGUACGAUUACCGGGUCCGGCACAGCCACAGCAACCUUAGCCGUUACGUCGUACGACGCUAUGCCGCCACCGUGAACGGAGUGCUGGAAACGUACCCGGGUGGUCUGCUGGAUAGUGAGCUGGAACCUACGAAACGGCCGUGGUUCGUCAAGGCAAUGGAAUAUCCUGGCCGUCUGGUGGUCACACGGCCCUACCUCGAUGCCGGAGGUGCCGGGUACGUGGUAAGCGUAGCUUAUGCCAUCUACGAGGGGGCCAGUACGAGGUACUCCAAACCCGACGAUCGUGCUGCGAUCGCAGUGGUUGCGAUGGACUUUACUCAGGGAUUUUUCUACAAGCUGCUGCUCGAUUCGACCACCGUUUGCUCGGUACAGCAUAUCAAGUGCUUUCUGAUGGACGAUCGGGGCUACCUCGUGGCGCAUCCGAUGCUAACGGAACCAACACUGCGCUCCGAUGCCGUCCGGCGGUCCGCCAUCGAGCACAUUACGCACAAAGAGUCACAGGUAGCGAACGACAUUCUUAACCACAAGCAGCUGGUGACGAAAAAGAUGUGCUACAACUACGUCAACCGGACGGUGCAACGGUUCUAUCAGUUCAACAUGAGCUUGGCAGCGGGCGAGAUCGUUACGAAUCUGAUGUACGGCGAGAAGACAAAGUACCAGAUUACGCUCAUUCCGGGUACCAAUCUCUUCCUUGGCGUUGUGAACUCCACCAAUGACGGUGGAGCUUUCUGUCCCUGCAGUACGGUUGGUAACUCAUGUCUCAACUGUAACCGAAUGGAGCAAACGGAAUGUGAAUGUCCUUGCGAGUGUCCGCUCGAUUAUGAGACUCCAGAAGGAGCGGAAGGUGCUUGUGGCAUCUUAGGGCGUUCGAAAAGACCGAAACCAGGAAGUGGAAACAGCGCCCCUAUACCACUCUGCUCGCCACUACCGGAGGAGUUACUCUCGAUGAAUGCUAUCAACUACGAACCGGAGUACGAGGUCAAGAGCUGUAGCAGCAUCAGCUGUGAAGAUUAUACAACGCAGAACGAUUGUCUAGGUCUUGUCGGUUGUGAAUGGUGUCAGGUGGAUGUGGAUGGUGAAAGUACGCUCAACACACCGUUCUGCACUUCGCAGCUUGCCUGUUUCAACGGUGUUCUGGGAUCCUCCACGCCGUACGGUGAUGCGGCGUACACGAGCAAUAACAUGGAAUCGAUCCUUCCACCAGCCUACAGCUCGAUAGGGCCCGUGGCCGGUGCCAUUCUGGCGCUCUGUCUCGUGGUCGGCUUCGCAAUGUACUGCUUCCGGCAAAAUGCCGAUCAAAGUGGUGCUUCCGAGCAGCUGUACGACGAUUUGGUGGCUGACCAUUGCCAUGGGCUUCCCCUGUCACGGUUCGAUCUGGACGAUGGCAGUCCCUCCGAUGAUUGUGAUGCAGGUCGCACGAAUGCUAAGCAAAACCUGCUGCUCAAUGGGCAGCACAAUGCAAACUACAUGAUCAUCCCGAACGUGGCUUCACCGUAUCAGAUGUCUUCCGACUACCGGCGACCACCGAAUGGGGCCGGUGGUGGUAGCUCAUCGGAUCACGGGUACUCCACGAUGACCCAUCACGAGGAGUCGGAACAUUUGUGUCUAGCCGGUGGUUCCGGGGCAGAUCCGCAGGGUAUUCCCGGUGCACCGAAUGGUAGCGGCACCAAACGGCAUUCGAUGUCGGACAGUGCCUCGAUCAGCACCUCCGUCUCGAGUCCCUAUAGUAACCACACGGGCGGUGCCGGUAGUUCCUUCCUAUCCAAACCACCGGUGGUUGGUUUCGACGCGAGAGGCUUUACUGGCAAUGGAUUCGCCGGUGAUCCGAUGACGGCAGGCCAAACGACGCUGUUACCUUCGCCGACGUCCAUUUCGCGGACGGGAGUGUACGGCGGAACGAUGCUUUCGCCCGGGGCCAAUUCAACUCCCACCAAUGCCAAUACCCCCAGUGGCCAUCACAUUCUCGUCCCCGUGACCGUCCACCGUAAUAUGGAAGUAUCUUAGUGCAACAGAGUGAAGCACGGUUGUAUGGUUUUAAAUACAAUUGGUUUUACUCAAGCGGUACUUUUCUGCUUGUCGUCCUGUGUUCAGGAGCAAACUGGGCGCCAUGGUACAGAGAAUUGGUGCCCAACGAUGUGGUCUCUGUCUUUUGGAGGCUUUCCGGAGUGAAGUGUGGUGUUCGCGUACGCCAUUCGUGAGAAAGAGAUUCUUUGCUGGCCGUACUCGCCAGCACCUAGGGAUGGUCUCUAAAUAUCAGUAAAACGCUUGCCUUUAACUUGUAAGUUUAUGCUUAGUGGUCUGCAUUAAGACGUCCAACCCCUCCUCAGUGGCAGCAUUUCUUGUCUACAAAUCCAGAAACUCGCAUUAACCAGAACGAAACAGAAGUGAGAGAGAGAGAGAUGGAGAGAUUGAGAUUGUGUUCUGUUACUAGCAACGAUUCACGCUUCCAAUCCGCAGGAUUUGCGGAAAAUGUAUUAACGUUACGUUUUAUCAAUAACUCGUACCUUCCACUCCCCAGUCCAACAUCCCCAAACACACACAAAAUGCGCGUGUACUUCUCGCGGCCAACAGUUGCAGUAAAUGUGCUUCCCAGACGUGUUUUUUUUUAUAUAUACGUUUAGCUUAAGAUAAUCAAGGAUUUGCUUCCAAUUUUUCCUUCCCACUGUACCAGCGCCCGCAGAGACGACGGCGCAUUGCCAGAAGGAAUAUAUAUAUUAACUUUUGUAUCGGUGUUGUGUGGAUGGACACAAAACGAAUAACAAUACCUCUAGGUAGCGCCAGAAACUUGCCCAAUUAUUUUGGGCUAGCGUGCGGGAAAAGUGACGAUUUUUGUAAAAUGUAUCUAGUAAUAAGACGUAUUUCAACGGGGCAGCUGCAUGUGUGACGUUGGAGAGGCAAACGCUUUUACACGAAACAACGAAUAAACUUAUUUAAAAGAUUUCAAC